UAUGGCUGUUUUUCAUUUUGACAGUUUCAUAUAUAUCUGCUACUUGUCAAUGUCAAUUUAGUUUUAGUUUUGCUUCUUGCAUAACGUUAUUUAUUUAGUAUCAGACAGACAUUAUGCUCGCGGCCUUAAGAAAUCUACGCUUGACAACUCCAUUGAAGAAUGGAAUCAGCCCUAUAUCUCCCUACUCGGCUCUAUCUACAGAUACAGAAUCUGCAUCUGUCACAAAAACUCCAAAGCUGGGGCUUCAAGAAGCCGUUGCAAACGAAAGUCUAGAAAAAGAUAAAUUGUACACCCGAUUGGAACUUGAGUUACGAGGUAUUGAUCCUGCAGUCUUGAAGAGUUAUUCCUGGUUUGCAACGACAGCGGCAAAUCACUUGGGUAUCGAGAUUGGAAAUUGCUGGGCUCCACGAAAGGCACAUCAUGAUAGGAUAACAUUACUGAAGUCUGUUCAUAUUUACAAGAAACACAGGGUUCAAUACGAAAUCCGGACUCAUUUUCGGUAUCUUAAUUUUCACAAAUUGACCGGUUCAACUCUGGACACAUUUUUGGAGUAUGUCGAACGGAAUCUGCCGGAGGGAGUAGCUCUGCACGCAACAAAACAAGAAAUACAAGAAAUCCCAGAACAUUUAAGAGAAAUUCCAUCAUCAGAGUGAAUGUAUUAAUUUAUUUAAGAAGUGAAAUGCAAUCUUUCAAAACAUUGAUUUAAAGUU